AUUUAAAUUCAAGAUGGCUGCUUUUAUUUGCCGGUCUGCAUGGUCUGCUACAAAUACAGCAUUGGUGAAUCAUCUGAAAUCAGCAUGGCCCAACUCAAUUAUAUGUAAGAGAGGCUUAAGGAUCUCAAGUGUCAGAUUUGCAGCACCAAGUAGUAAAAAGACAUAUGUCCGAGAUAAACCACAUCUCAACAUUGGAACAAUUGGUCACGUUGACCAUGGAAAAACUACCCUCACAGCCGCCAUCACUAAAGUGUUGUCUGAGAACAAACAGGCUAAUUUCCAAAGAUAUGAAGACAUUGACAAAGCCCCUGAAGAGAAGGCCAGAGGAAUCACAAUUAAUGCUGCAACUAUAGAAUACUCCACUGAAAACAGACAUUAUGGACAUGUAGACUGUCCGGGGCAUGCUGACUAUAUAAAAAAUAUGAUCACAGGUACAGCCAGCAUGGAUGGAGCCAUUUUGGUUGUAGCAGCAACAGAUGGUACCAUGCCCCAGACCAGGGAACAUAUCCUACUAGCAAAACAGAUUGGUGUUGAAAAAGUUGUAGUAUUUAUUAACAAAGCAGAUCUUGCUGACGAAGAAAUGUUAGAACUAGUGGACAUGGAGGUUCGGGAGCUGUUGACUGAGCAUGGCUACAAUGGAGAAGAAACACCAAUCAUAACUGGCUCUGCACUUUGUGCACUGGAGGGCUCGAAACCAGAGAUUGGCUCAGAGGCAAUUAAUAAGUUAUUAGAGGCAGUGGACAGCUAUAUACCUGUGCCUGAGAGAGAUCUGGAUAAACCAUUUUUCUUACCUAUAGAAUCUACACAUAUUAUCCCAGGAAGAGGCACAGUUGUCACGGGUCGCCUGGAGAGAGGUGUCAUUAAAAAGGGAGAUACUGCAGAAAUUAUGGGAUAUGGACAGUCUAAAAAGACGACCAUUACAGGUAUUGAAAUGUUCAGACAGAUCUUAGAUCAAGCUGAGGCUGGUGACCAGAUGGGAGCCCUUAUCAGGGGUCUUAAGAGAGAUGAUGUUAAGAGGGGAAUGAUGAUUGGGAAGCCAGGAACAAUGAAAAUGCAUAAUAGGAUUGUGUCACAGGUAUAUUUCCUGAGCAAAGAGGAGGGUGGUCGACCAAAACCAAUGAUGCCAAACUUUCAAGCUGUAAUGUACUACAAAACAUGGAAUGUUCCUGCCUCCGUAUCAAUUCCGGACAAAGACAUGGUCAUGCCUGGAGAAGAUGCCAAAAUUAUAUUCACAAUUAAAAAGGAUAUGGUCUUAGAGAAGGGAGGCAGAUUUACACUACGAGAUGGCACUUUUACACUGGGAUAUGGUGUCGUGACUGAAAUAUUACCGAACUAUUCAGCGAAUGAGAUGAUAGAAUUUGAUAAAGAUUUGAAAAAGGCAAAGAAGGAAAAAAUGAAACAAGCUGAGAAAGGUUAUUAAGAAAACUCCAUUUUGCUGUUACAUCAUCGUGAUUUAACAGUCACGGUACAUCUGACAAAUUUGUAAUUACAGCAAUGUGACAUCGUAUAAACAGCAACUGAUACAGGGUGGGCCAAAAAAGAAAUGAAAAUAUGGAUAUUUUUGGCCCACACUAUCCAUAUGACUAUGUUAUCCAGUAGACUCAAUAGACAUACUGAGCGUGAGAUUUCAAUGCAUCAAAAUGACAAUGAUCGAAAGUCAUAUAUAUAUGUAAUGUACUCUGCUGAAGUACUGUUAAACAUGAAAUACAUAUUUAAUGAGGAAGGUCCCUGAGUGAAAGAAUGUUUUGUCUUUUGAUUUAGUAAUUUUUUAACAAGAAACAUCAUGAAUGCAA